AUGAAAUUCCUAUCGACUGCCUUAAUCUAUCUCCUUAUCACCUACACAAUUUUGAAAACCGAAAAAUUAUCGAAAGAAGAAAAUGAGGAACGACUAAACACUUGCGGGCAACACGAUUCAAACAACACCUCCCAACCAUCGUUAUCCAGAAAUUGGUACUGGCUGUCCUAUUUUUUAAUAGGCCCGAAUGAUGGAAAUCAUGAAUCGGCUGCUAUUGUGAUAUCAAAAAGACAUAUUCUCACACUGUCUUUGCCUGUUUUGGGAAACGGAAUGAAAUGGAAUAUUGAUGGAUCGGAAUUUAAUGGAAAGUGUAUGGAGGGGACAAACCAUACCGAAGUCCCCCAGCACUUCCUCAAAAAAUUCUCCGUCCAACCUCUCCGUUGCUAUCGUUUUCCCCAGAAUCCAGGGUGUCCCCAGACACCGAUUCAACCUGUCCAUGCAUACAUUCUGCAUAUCUGUGAUAAACUCGUCUUCGAUCGAUACAGUUUUGCUUAUACACCAAUGAUUUUGGAUCUUGGAGAGGGUUAUGAUCUGAAAAUCCAUCCGCCAUGUCUAGGUGAUACUGAUAUCCGGGAUCAAGGAGACUCUGCGCAGUUGUAUCGAUUCAAUUUGCAAAGAGGGCGUGACAUUUAUACUUCUAUGUUGAACAUCACCUACUCCGACGACUAUAAAAUGCGAUGCAGCAUGUACGCGCCAAAUAACCCAAAGUCAUACGGUAGUCCGUUGGUGAAAAUAGUGAAUGGAAGGGAGACAAUUGUUGGGUUGAGUACACCAAACGACCCCGCCUUUAUACGCGGACACCAAGAAACCACAUUCUUCAAUGUCUCAUUUUACCAAAACGAGUUUUGCGUCUUAAUCGGUGUCUGUUCGCAACGCCUCGUGUCAGAAUUCAAAACUACCGCCGGACCAAAGACGACGACGACGCUUCCAGCAAUCACAACUACACCGCCAGAAUUUCAGAUGACCAAGGCACCCACGGGUCCGUCAGAAAAGUCCCCCAGAAAACCAGAUCCACCGCCAAAAUCGAGAUGGGAUACUAUGAGUGAUGAAGACAUUUGGCUCUAUUAUGUUUACAGGAAUGUCGAGAAGAGAGAACCGGAAAAGAAUGUGGGCGGAGUCAACGUGAAACCACUUUUUGUUGUAUUAGUGGUUUAUUGUCUUGUUUUCUUCAAAUAA